UGCAAAAAUAGCAAGGGGUUAAUCAUAUACGGUCUAGGGGACAAUUAACCUGCUUCGGCCGAGCUUCCUGAUCAGUCUGUAAUUCCUCCAGGGAUAGCGGUGCCGGGGCCGAAAUCUCCAGCGUAGCCGUAAAUCCAUACGACGGUUCAGCACUCGAUGUCUGGUUAAUUAGCCAAGCAAUAAAAAAAAUCCCUUGACCAAUGAAAAUCUAUCUUUCUUACGCUACAGAAAAACCAGUAACUUUAUCAAUUUUUAUUUCGAUUUGUCAAUAGAAAAGGAAGCGUAAUAGUUGAUUAUGAUCUCUACAUGAACACUUCAUCGCUACAAGAAACUCAACAAGUCAUUGAUGAUAUCCAUCGAGAAAUAAAAAAAGGCAAACUGGGAGACUUUGUUGUUGAUCCAGGAUUUUCCAUGGAUCCUGUCGUGACUAUGAAAGUUCCUCUUAAACAAGAACCAAGUUCUUCCGCCAUUUGUACUACAGAGCCAACGAACAACUUGAUUCUCAUCAUCAUACUGGGGGUUGCUGUUGGUCUUUUGUUCGUCAUGUUCAUUGUCAUCAUUGUGUUAGCAAUACGUAUCAGAAAGGGGUUUCAUCGUUCAUCCAGCUAUUCUCUCAAGCCGGUGGGGCGUAGCCAUGAAUACGACGUGAAUUACUGAAAGAACAAUUCAAUUGUAUCUAAAAUUUCUUUCAGGGUGUGGGAAUUAUAUUUGGCAGAAAAUGAGGCUUCUUCGUGUAAAUUUAAAGGAAUUUACUCGAAGCUUUCGGAUCUUAUCGGUCUGUCAUCAGGGAAUAUAUGAAUGAGAUGUAUUUACAAAUGUCGAUAUUGGAAUACAUCGCUUGAGAUGAUUAACGAGCAAGCGCUAACUAAGCUAGCCCUUUGAAUGUAGGUACAUUUCAUUUAUUCAGUGAUUCUCUGACGAGGGACCGAUUAAGUCUGAAAGUAUAAUAAUAAUAAUAAUAAUAAUGAUGAUGAUGAUGAUGAUGAUGAUGAUGAUGAUAAGGGCGCAUAAUAAUAAUAAUAACAAUAAUGAUAAUAAUAAUAAUAAGUCCCCGGGAGGGGGGAGUACUCUUGCCCGUUUAGUGUAGGGAUGUGUCGCUGAGCUCUCUGAACCCUGAUCCUGUUCACUAGAGUAAAAUCGCUGGAAACCAUACCUUGUUCCAGAGUAAAUGUCGCAACAGAGUAAAAGUAUAAUGAAGGUAUGAUUUAUCGCAUAUAAAAAACCUUAAUUGUUCCAGUACUUGCGAAAAAAGAUACCCUGUUCCAGACUGUUCCAGAAUAAGAUCUACCCUGUUUAGCGAGGCAUACCACUGAGUAUAGCGAAUAUAGGGGAGUAUCGCACCACUACCCCUCCCCUUCCCGGGUGUCUACCGCCAUUUACUGAGGUCUACUGAAUUAAUUUACUGCUACAUUGUGCAAAUUUGUGCAAUUUCUUACAACGUUUUUCACGGAUAUAAGGUGUGCACUCUACAGUUUCACAAAAAUUGAGUUAAUAUCUUUGCUUGAGUC